AUGUCCCAACCUUAUCCCACCGCUCGAGCUAAAAGUGAACAGCCUGCUGCUAUGAGUCCACACAAUAACUCCCAUUUGAGUGCCAGUGCUCAAGCACCCAACAAGCUUUUCCCUGUGGCACCCCCAGCCUUUCUUUUGCAUAUCAGCACCAACGGCGCCGACUUGCAAGAUUUAUUAGAUUUUGCGGUGGCUAUUCAAGAUGAGCGUAAGGCAGAAAAGAUGUUUGUGGAAAUGAGAGCAUGGAGAAGCCAAAUAGAGGCCAAACUAUUCCAAGGACAGCUUCCCAAUGCUGUGAAACAUCUGGAGCAGGCUUGUUGUGGUAGUACUUUUGUCACCAGAAUGGUUGAGGACCUUGGAAUUGAGGUAAACAUACCUCGGAGUUGUAUCAGCUCUCAAUUUCUUGGAAGGCAUAUGACAAGUCAAACUCUCCCAGCAAAGAUUGAUGCUCUGACCUGGCUUGGCUUGUGGCCUUUAUCUAUGAAUGUGAAGAGGAAAUGGGGGUGCGUUCUGCGCAUGGCAGUGGAAGCGGCUGCAUGGUUCACUAGCAAGUUCUACACAAAUGAGAUAGCUUACCCAGCCAAUCAAAAUGACUUCUCAUUUAUCAUGGCAGGCGAGGGCUUAGGGCUGAUUGUGAUCCACUGGCACUUUUCCACAUUACAGGAUGCAUUCUCCCACAGGUUGGGUGAAUUGGGUUUCAAUAUAUUAGACUUCAUCAAUGGAGGCCUCUUAGAUGUGUCUGAGUCAUGA